AUGAAGACCUCCUCUGGGCAGAAGGCCAACGUGCUGCUGGUGGGCAGCGGCGGGGUGGGAACGAUGGCAGCAUAUGCGCUUGAGAAGGGUGGCAGGGCUACCAUCACGGCUGUUCUGCGUUCCAACUUCUCUGUCGUCAAGGACCAAGGUUUCCAUAUAAGGUCUCUCGAGCACGGCAAGGUGAAGAAUUGGAGGCCAAGCACCAUCCGCAACACGAUGCCCAACGUGGCAGACGAGAAGCUGGAUCCAUACGAUUUCGUGGUCGUCACCACCAAGAACAUUGCAGACAUCCCUCCGUCCACAGCAGAAAUGAUCGCCCCAUCCAUUACACCGGGCCACACUGCCAUUCUCCUCCUACAAAACGGACUCAACAUUGAGCGACCCAUCAUCGCCGCCUUCCCCUCGAACCCAGUCCUCUCCGGCAUCUCCAUCAUCGGCGCAAGCGAAUCCCCCCACGGCGCGAUUCUGCACGACAACCCAGACAUCUCAUACGUCGGCGCCUUCGACAACCCCAACAUCCCACGCGAGGUCUCCGUCGCCGCCGCCAAGACGUUCGUCGACCUCUACAGCGCCUGCCCGGCCGUCCGCUGCAGCUUCGACGAGGACGUCCCCGCCGGCCGCUGGAAGAAGCUGCUCUACAACGCCAGCUUCAACAGCACCGCGGCCGUCCUGCGCAUGGACGUGUCCCGCAUGCGCGCGAGCGAGCACGUGAUUGAUGAGCUGGUGCGGCCCGUCAUGCUGGAGAUUGUGGCCGUGGCCAAGGCGAAGGGUGUGGAGCUGCCGCCUGGCCUGGUCGAGGACAUUAUCACUGUUGAUCUCUACGACACGUUCUUCAAGCCGAGCAUGUACCAGGAUGUUGAGAAGGGCAACUUUAUUGAGUUUGAGAACAUCAUCGGCGAGCCGCUGCGCGAGGCAGAGAGGCUGGGUGUGGCGGCGCCAACUCUGAAGGUGCUUUAUGCGCUGUUGAAGGGAUUGCAGUUCCAGAUCAAGGAGGCGAGGGGCCUGGUCGAGGCUGUGUGGGUUGACUUCUCCAUCCAUGGGAAUUAA